UCAAUAUGCCAAGUCUUCAACGGUGGUCCCAGUGAAACUGCCAAUUUUUUGGCCUCAAACAAAUUUGACUUUAUCUUCUACACUGGCAGCUCAAGGGUCGGAAAGCUUGUUAUGGCAGAAGCAGCUAAAAACCUUACUCCUGUCUGUCUUGAACUGGGUGGCAAAAGCCCAGUGUACAUUGAUGCCUCCGCUGAUAUUCCACUAACGGCGCGGCGCAUAAUGUGGGGCAAAACACUGAAUGCUGGUCAGACAUGCGUGGCACCGGAUUACGUUCUCUGCCACAAGGAGGUUCAGGACAAGUUCAUCGAGCAGUGCAAAGCUGCCCUCACAUCCUUUUUCCCAGAGGGGACUAAAAACACGGACGAUUAUGGCCGCCUAGUAAAUGAGGACCACACCAGGUAA